GAUAGCCGGAAGCACCGAUGGGAGGAAAAUAAAAAUCGAUGAAAUCCACUGUAAUUCGCGAGUGUAAAGCUCUCACUUACUGUCCUUUUCGCGACGGUAGGCUCGAAUCUCUUAGCCAUUUACACUGCCACUGUGCCGUAGGGGACGUAAGGAGCAGGAAAGCUGUUCCUUUUGAACGAAGUUGCUCGGUAGGGGUUUAGCUGACGUGUGGAGAAGUUGAGACUGCCAGAGAGCAGAUAAACAAACAUAAACAAGCAGGGAUCAGCUGAGCGCCAGCCCGAACCGAACCAGCAGCACGGGGAGAUGUCAGGGAGGACGGGUUUCCUCUUCUGAGCCCAAGAAUGAUCCACAGGAGAGCGUGACUUACACUGAUACUAGCUCCAUGUCAACUGUCAACACUGGCACACAAAGAAUUUCGGAAACACAACACGAGGACCAGCCAUAGGCUUUAGCAGAAAAUCCACUGCUCCUGUCACUGUCUCUUUGUCAAGACAUAGCCAGGCUAACAUGGACGACCAAUGAGUUUACCUUCCAGGUUUCAGCUGUAACGAAACGAAUACAUAUUACAGUGCAAGGAGAGAGAAGUGGGAUUAACAUGGCCCACCAGGCUACCCCUAGUUCCCAGAAGGCCCUGAUGAUGGAGCUGAAGUCUCUGCAGGAGCAGCCGGUGGAGGGCUUCCGCAUCACUCUGGUGGAGGAGUCUGACCUCUACAACUGGGAAGUGGCCAUCUUCGGGCCCCCUAACACCCUGUAUGAGGGAGGCUACUUUAAGGCUCACAUCAAGUUCCCAGUUGACUACCCGUACUCCCCACCAACCUUCCGCUUCCUCACCAAGAUGUGGCACCCCAACAUCUACGAGAACGGAGAUGUGUGCAUCUCCAUCCUGCACCCUCCUGUCGAUGACCCUCAGAGCGGGGAGUUACCCUCUGAAAGGUGGAACCCCACCCAGAAUGUCAGGACUAUCCUGCUAAGUGUGAUCUCUUUGCUCAAUGAGCCCAACACCUUCUCCCCGGCCAACGUGGAUGCAUCUGUCAUGUUUCGCAAAUGGAGGGACAGCAAAGGCAAGGACAAGGAAUAUGCAGAGAUUAUCAGGAAGCAGGUGAUGUCGACAGCGGCGGAGGCUGAGCGCGAUGGCGUCAAGGUGCCGACCACAUUGGCGGAGUACUGCGUCCAGACCAGGGUCCCCUCCCAGGACAGCAGUUCAGACCUCCUCUAUGACGACCUCUACGACGACGACAUGGAAGAGGAGGACGAGGAGGAGGACGAGAGCGAGAUGGAGUCCGUAGGUGAAGCCGGGGCGAUCAGCGCCGUGGAGGACGGUGGGACGUCCACCAGACGUUACGACAACCAGGACGACUCUGGCAACGAAGACUCGUGAUGAUCUGGAUGAUAACUCCUCCCUGCCAACACCCCCCCCUCCUGCCCCACCCUCAACACCACCACCACCACCACCACCACCACCCUCCUACUUUUAUGUGUUGCGUUACAAUUUUCAGUGUGUUUCUGUGUGUGCGUGUGUGUGUUUGCACAUACAGUGGGGUCAGUGGUCUACUGCCAAAAACGUUUCAUCAUUUAUUAAACUAAUACAAAUGAUUGGUCAGAUAGUUCUCAGAUGCUCUUACAAAGGUUUUUAGCAAAGGUCUGUUCGUACUGUCUUCACUCAAAGUCAGAAUUUGGUGUUUCCACCGUUUGCCUUAAUUACAGCUUGCACUCUGUCCGGCAUCAGAUGUUUUGCACAGUUUGAGAACUGAAAUUGUUCCAGCGCUGUUUGAGAGCACCCCCAGAGUGUUUUUAAUGUUAUAUUUGUCAUUUUUAAAUGUGCCCAUUGAGGAGGACGACAACCAUCUUCUUCCACACUGUUUGAAGUAGGGUGGUAUUACUCUAUGGGUCAGUGCAUGAUUUAUCAUGUGCAAGUUACGGACUCCAGACAAGGCAAAACAUCCCCACUAUUGAAUAUUUCCUGUUUAACUCUAGUUUUACACCCUUACACUCUUACAUGCAAUCAGCUCCUCACAUACACACAGUGUUUGGUUGCAACCAUGAAGUUUUUGUGUCUUCAACAGUGAAAUUUCAGUACCGUUCAGCCCGUUCUAAACCAUCGCGCUUGUUGUGCCACUAAAGAAGUGGUUUGGUCACUGCCACAGUUUGUUGGUCUUGUGGCUGUAGUUUUGUCAGCUGGAGGAGGGCUUUCUUUGUUGUCUUUGCUGUUCUGUCUCCUGAAGAUGUUGGCUUUAUACCACGGUGCCAUCUCUAGGUCUGUGUAGUCCCUCCUGGCACCAGCCUUUUAAUAGGAGUCCAGUAACUGUUACCAGUUACUUAUGAAAAGACCAUAAUGAUCAGCAUCGUGUAGGAACAUGCAUGUGUUAAUAUUUGAAUUAUACUGCAUACAUGGUGAGACAAACAUUUUAGAUCUUCCAAUCACAUAUACCAGUAUUUCAAUUACUUACAAGCAUUUCCCAAAGAUACAAAGUACAGGUAUCAGUCGUAAAUAACCGGGAGUCCUAACUAAAAAAAAAAAAAAGCCUAAA